AUGCCGAGUAGAUUUACGCGCCCACCGUACAAUUCCUACGAUGGAAAAACGGAUCCAGUAGAGCACGUCAGUCAUUAUAUCCAGAUGAUGUCUCUGCAUACUCACAAUGACGCGUUGAUGUGCAAGGUAUUUCCCUCGAGCCUCAGGCCCACUGCUUUGAGAUGGUUUAAUGGGUUACGAAAGGGUUUGAUUCACAGUUUUGCCCAGUUGAUCCAAGAAUUUGGUGUCCGGUUUGUGACUUGUAACCGGGUACCACAACCAGUGGAUGCAUUACUAUCUAUGAAGAUGAGGGUUAGAAAAACCCUUUGCAAUUAUGUCAGUCGGUAUUGGGAGCUUUACAAUGAGAUCGGUGGGGACAACGAGAAGAUCGCUGCGAGCACCUUUAGGAUGGGGCUACUUGAGGACUCCGAGCUACGGGAGUCACUGACAAGGAAGCCUCCCGAUGAUAUAAGAUAG